UAGCAGGCCAAGUAAAAAAAAUUCAAAGGCGUAAUUUGUGGAAUUGCUCUUGUUAAUAUUUCAAUUUAGACUUUUGUAUAAGCGUACACCGCUUAUAAUUGUGGCAAGUGAACGCACUUUGAUAAAUUAUCACUUGGGCGCCGUUUUACCAACUAAUAAACAACAAAAUCGUGUAAAUCAAAAGCAAAAUGGAGGGAACUGAUCAGAAUUCAAUUUUUGCCCGUCUGAACGCUCGCUACGGGAAUCUGACUGCAUCGUCGCCGCGUGACGUGAUCAACUUUAAGGCGCAGAAAAUGUCCAUGGCUCGAAAGCGAUCGAAGAAUGUCGUCAAGGAACACGUGGACGUGGACGUCAACAGCAAUGUGGAGUUAGUCGAGCAGCAGUAUAUCAAUCCGAAUAUGAAAUCCAAGAAAACCAUUGUCAAGACAUGCAUAUGCGAGCGUCCAGGGAAAUCUCUAAAGUGUGGCCGCUGCCACCAGUCCUUCCAUGGACGCAUUGGCGCCAAAUGCGAGAAGCAUCCAGAGGUGGCGUUCCUGAUGGACUUUCGCGAGUGUCCCUACUGUGGGGCGGACAGUGACGUAAUCAAGGAAUUGGGAUCAGAUCCGCACGAUUGAGGACGCCGAACUACCCGAUGAUGAUCUACAAGCCGAGUUUGAUACUCGA